CGCUUCCCGCCAUUUUCAAAUCUUCCCGCGUCGUUUGGUCAAACAAAAGAGUGAAGGAUUCACUAUGCCUUUACUCGGCAAAAAAUCCUAUUCUUUUGCCUCUCCUCCCGACGAAAUACAACAGAACGAUGAAGUGUUCGUUAUUAAGCAGACCAAUGAAGUCUUCAAGUCUUAUGAGGAAUAUGUAGAUAAAAUUCUGCUGUAUAGCUCACAAAUAUGGUCUUGUCAAUACACUGGAAAAUCUAUGUUGAGUUUUGAGGAUGCCUUAGAGUCAGAGGAAAAUGCUCUAAAAUCUGUGGAUAAAUUCCCUAAGUGUUUCAAAAAAGCUGUCUUAAAUACUGCUCAUCAUUGGACAUCUGGACUAGAAGCUCUUGUUGACAAAUGUCACAAGGACAUCCAUUCAAACUUUAAUGAAAAAGAUGCUGUUAAUGUAAAUACUGGAAGUAAAGUCCAUUCUGGACAUGUGGUGAAUGUUCAUACUGAUGAAGAGGAUUUACCUCCAUCUCCACUGAGUGACAAAGAAAAUCUUGAUGAUCAAGAUGGCAAGCCUUCUUCAAAGAAAUUUUAUGAUGUGCUGUGCAAAGACUCUGGUGAAUGUCUAAAAAAUGUCAAGGCAGCAAAUAUCAGCCACUCUGAAAAGUGUCCAAGUAAAAACUUAAUAUCUUUAUUUAUUAGAGCCAACCUGGCUCAUCCUGUUGGAAUGGGAGGGCAAACAACUGCAUUUGUAUUAAAGAAAGAUGUGUUGGAGAAGUACUCGAUCCCUCAUAAGCUGAAGGAAUUCUCAGUCAGCAAGAAAAAUGCAAAUUCUGAACCGCUUGCAACAAUCCAACAUGUCAACAACAGCAAGCCCAAAAAGUCAACUGAAAAACCCAAGAAAUGCAGCCCAGAAAAACCACUCAGUGACUCAAAACCUAAAGGCAAAAAGCUUGAUCCUCUUCAGAGAAGCCUUGAUUUCUUUAGGGUCAAACAACCAGGUAAUGAACCUUUGAAGUCUCAAAAGAAGAUUGAAGAGAACGACAAUGUUAAAUCUCCCAAGAAGACAGGGAAAAUAGAAGAUGUCCCUGUUACUCCAACAAAAGGGGCAAAAGAAGCUUUGGUUAUUCUUGAUAAAUGUCCAAAGAUCUCUCCUGUGAAAGUGAAAUGCAAAGGUGAUAGGAUAAUGAUUGAAUCGCUGAGCUCUAGUACAGAAAGUGAUGAAAACGAGAAUUGUUUUGAGAUAAAAAGUAAAAAAUUUAGGUGUACUCCCAAUUUAAAGGAGAAGGCAAAUGCAUUUGCACUGCUUAAGUCUCCGCAAGCUGGGAUGGAAAAUUCUGCAAAGAAGAAAACCAGUGUCAAGCAGAAAAAGGAAAAGAACGGGAAGAAUGAGAAGGAAAAGGAAAAGAAAAAAGAAAAGAAAGAAGAUGGAAAAAUUGAUACUCCUGCGAAGAAUGAAAGUAAAAAUUUUAAUAAAAUGGAAGUUAAAUUAAUACGAAUAGAUGCAUCUCCAUCAAAAUCUAGCAUUAAAACACCUGAGAAGAAAAACGAGAAGAAAAGUGAAAAAAAGGAACAGAAAGAAAAUAGCAACAAGAAGUCAGUAGAGAAGGAAACUAGAAAAAGCUCUAAUACUGCUAAAUCAAAAGUCAAAUCUAAAGAUUCUGGCUCAAAGAAAACAUCAAAGAAGAGUUUAGGUAGUGUGGUGGCCAACAAGGCAGUGAAAAGGUUGGUGACCAACGAAGAGACAAAAUUUAAGAAGAGCGAUACUUCCCUUGUUGUCAUUGUAGAGGAUUGUCAAGAUAUGCCUAACAAAGAUACAGCCACAAACUUGGAGCCAAAGAUAAUGGAAACAGAUAGCAAAGUUUUGCAAAAAAAGACUGAAAACUCCAAAAAGAAGCAGAAAACUUUAUCAGAAAUGUUCAAUGCUGCUCUUCAGAGGGACAAGCCAUCCUCGCUUACAAGAGUUAUCAAUAAAGCAAUUGAAGAAAAUAUCUCCUCACCAAGUGUGCUUGAUCUUACCACCCCAGCAAGAGAAAAAGUACAGCAUAAGUGGGAACAAAUGAGAGAAAAGCACAAGUGGAAAUUCAUGAGUGCUGAAGAGAAGCAGAAAAUCAAAGAUGAACGCCUGCAAAAAAGAAGAGAGAAGCUUGCAAGACAGAGAAGAGAAAAGCGGAGGCUACAAAGAGAGGAAAUGUUGAAACGUCUUGAAGAAACAAAGAAAAUAGAGGACACUGAACUGGAGUUAAAGCCGCUUCCUGAAGGCAAACCCAUUGAUGUACCACAAGAACUUACCAUAGAGUGCUUUGCUGAUGUGAUCAUGAUCGUAGAGUUCAUAUUGUGUUAUAAAGAUCUUCUUGUCCCUGAAGAAAAGUUUAACCUCACUGCUGAAUCACUGAUGAACGCACUUGCAGCAGAAGAAAAGGGAUCUAGUAUUCUCUCUAGUGUGCUGGUUAUUUUCUUACAGAUACUGUUACAGGAUCUUCAAGGAGAAAAGAAGUCUCGUUACUGUGGUAGUAAGCUAUCAGACAUGCCACUUACUCAGCAUUCUGCUCCUGAGCUUGCGCGACUGUACUUGAAGAGAAUGUUGUCAUCAUCUUCCAAGGGAAAUCAGUUAGAAAGAAAGGAAAACUCCCAAGAGUUGUUGGACAUCAUCAAAUCAAUGGAAGAAAAUGAGUUCUUUACCUUGUUACCACAAGAUAAACUCAAGUUGUUGGUAUCUCUCUGCCAUGCAGUGAUAUCCUCUGAUGCCAUCGAUAACUACAUUGAAGCCAAGAAAGAGACAGAUAUGGAAAUUAAACGGCAGAAAAAAGCGGAGGAGAAAGAAAUUAGAGAUAAAAUGAAGGAAGAAAAGGAAAGAAACGAACAAUUGAAGAAAAAGGAACUGGAAGAGCAGAAGAAUUCAACAGCAGAAAAUAAUCAAGAUAGCAGCAAUACAACAGAAGAAAAGUCUGCCGAGGGAAAAAGUGUGGGAAAGACAUCUAUUAUCACUGCAUUGACAGCAGAAAAUAAGAAACCAAGUGAAAAGAAAGACGAAAAAGAAACCUCCCCAGAGAAGGAGAAGAAAGAUAGUACUUCUUGUGGGAUAGCACAGACUAUUAGAAACAGAAGAUUGCAGUUGGAAUUGAAUAAACAGGAAACAGAGAAGAAAAAGGCUGAAGAACUAGAGAGACGCCUUAAGGAGGAAGAAGAACGAAGAAAAGAACAAGUUGAACAAGAACGCCAGGCUAACGUUGCCAAGUUAAAGCAAGCCUUACGUAUCACUCCUAUUGGUUAUGAUCGUUACCAUCGUCGCUACUGGCUGUUUACUGGCAUGUCUGGAUUGUAUGUAGAAGAUGGAUGGAUGUCUAAAUACAUUACUCAUGUCACGCCCGAGACAAAUGAUGAGUGCGUGAUAGAUGGUGACAGAAGCGUGACUAAUGAAGAAAGCAUUACCAGUAAUGUUAAAACAAGUAAUGAUGCAAGCGUGACAAAGAGUGAUGGGGAUGAUAAGACCAACGAAAACGGAAGCACAAAUGCUGGUAGCGUUGAAAGAGCCGGGAGUCCUGAUGCAGAAAGCAAAGAAGCAGAUGUGGCGGUAGUAAGUGUCGAGACAAAACAAAGAGACAAAACAAGUGCAGAAAAUGACCAAAAAUCAUCUAUUGAUAAAAGUAUGAGAGAUGUUCCAUACAGUUGGACGUACUAUGAUGAUCCAGAUGAAAUAAACGCACUUCUAGGGGGCUUAGCUUCUCGGGGAAUCAGAGAAAGUGCUCUUCACCAAGUGCUGACAAACGAAACAAACAUUGCUAAAAAUAUCAAAAAGAGAGCGACCGCAGAAGAUAAACCCGCACAAGAUGAAGGUGAAAACAAAAUGUUGGAUUACUUCAAACAGGAUCUUUUAGAUACUGCAGAUCGUGUGACAAGAGGAAACCUAGGAGAGAUCGAUAAGAUGGAAAGAUACCAAAAGAGUCUUGAGAAGGCAACAAACCUGGGGCCGCUGCUGAUUAAACUCCAGGAAUCAAUUUUUCCGCGGUUCCUGAAGGGCAGUUUCACCGAGGAAUCAGUCAUAAACGAAUGGCGCCAGUCAGCACUGAAAGCAUCAACCCUUUCUCUGUUACACCUUCUGUUAGAGAUCUUAGAUUCCGCAAUUGUUUGGGAUAAAUCUGCUGAAAAUGCGAAAUGCAAGGUGUGUCGUCAAAAAGGAAGUGAUGAUGACUUGCUGUUGCUAUGCGACGAGUGUAACCGUGGUUACCAUCUACACUGCUUACGCCCUGCUAUUAAUAAGAUACCUAGGGGAGAAUGGAAGUGCCCGUCAUGUCAGCCUGUUAGUAGUGCAAGAUCGCAAAGAGACAGAAAAGAAAUGUACAAAGAUGAAACGAUUGAAGACGAUUCAGAUGAUUCCAGCGAAAGCGAAGAAGAUGCAGACAACGAAAUUCAGAAUGAAGACUAUUGUAACAUAUGCCAGGAGGGAGGAAACGAGCUGGUCUGCUGCGAUACAUGCCCUCUUGUCUUCCAUAAAGAUUGCCAUGACCCCCCUCUAAGGAACAUACCAAGGGGCACGUGGUCAUGUAUGGAAUGCAAACGACCCAAGCCGAGGAAGACACGAAAACAGCAGCGAAGCAAACAAGUUGCGAAAGGCAGUAAGAAAAAACAAAGCAAAAAUGCUCCAAACACCAGGAAAAGAAAAUUAUCAAGUGACGAAUCCAGCAACGAAAGUUUCGAUGGAAGAACAAACCGCAGAACGAUGCGCAAGCGAAGGCUUGACCCUGAAGACGACUCUGAUGAAGAAUGUCAAAAGAAAAGACGUGUUACGCGGAGCAAAAAGGUGGUUAUAGAAGAGAGCGAGGAAGAAGAAGAGGAAGAGUCUGAAGAGGCAGAGCCAAAGCCACAACCAAAGGCUGCUAGCCGAAGAGACAAGAGAAAGGCACCAAGUAAAGCAGUCAAGAAUGUGGCUAAUACUGGAUCAUCAAAACGUCGACGCACCAACCCAGAGUUGGAGACUUGUGAAAUKAUCCUUAUAGAGAUACUGCGAUCAGAAGAUAGUUGGCCUUUCUUGGUUCCAGUAAACGUUAAAGAGGUGCCAGAUUACUUUGAUUUCGUAUCUGAGCCUAUGGACUUCCAAACAAUCAAAGAUAAACUAGAAACGUUACAAUACAGCGAUGGAAAAUCAUUUGUACAUGACGUGCAACUGGUGUUUGAGAACUGUGAAAAGUACAACCACAUCUUGUCUGAGACAGGCCAAGCUGGAGAAAGGUUAAGUAAUGAUUUCAAAAGACUUCUAAGAGAAAAUCUGCCACAAUACGUUGGAAACCCCAAGAGAACAAGCAGAAAACGAUAAAAGCAACAGAGCUGGUUGUCUUGGAUGAAACUACAAGCAACACAGAUCUGAUUGGCUUAUUCCGUGAUGACAUCACAAUCUAUUUUUAGCCCAGAACAUGAUCUCAAUCGCAGUGAAAUCCCAGUGAUAUGAAGGAGCAGAAAGUAUAAAUGAGAUUUUUACUUUUGACAUCACUAGCUGAAAUAUGUUGUGUGGUUUGGUUUAUUGUAACAGCUUGACUGAUGUGAUGUCACGAAUAGACCUUUGCAGCUUGGGCGUGAAAUUCAUACCAUUGCAGACCACAAGUCAUUCCCUAGAGUAUCAUUUCUUUGUUUAACCGUUGCCGUGAGAAGACACAUAAACAUGGAUGCAACUCAAACAAAGAAUCUUCUUUUCUUGGGCACUACAUGUCUGAAAUGAAAAAACAUUACGCCCGAGGUAAGAGUCCAUAAAAGAAAUAAUACUCAAGGGAAUGACGUGGUCUGAAAUGGGAAAACAUAACACCCAAGGUAAAAGAAGGGCAUGCACACCCUGUAUCAUUGUCAUAUACUGGUAUUAGUGCUGUAAACUCUAUCAGUGCUGUGUUGUACAUCUAACAUGAUUAUGUAUAGUUUAUUUUAAAUCUGUCUUGUAAUUCAUAAUCCAAUCAAAACAAUUUUUGCAGCAUGCUUUUUUAUGAUUGUUAAAUUAAAAUUAUAUAAUAAAAUUGAAAACCUCGUC